AAAACAAAAAUAUUGCACAGUAAAUUAAUUGUCCGUAACGGCAGGCGUACACUUGUUUGGACUAUGCAGCUUCUUUGAAGACGUGUAAACUCUUUUUGCAGAACUUUGCCACCUGCACUUCAUGUCUUCGAUCAAAUCACUUCCCCUCUCUCUUACUUCGUGUGAUCAUUUCUUGUUUUUUUGUUUCCGAUCAUCGGAUUAUGUCCUGUCCAGCGCUGUCCAUGGAACUUUUUACCAGUAAUGUUCUGUUUAUAGUCUCUAUACUCUAUUUUCUAGCAAUCCAGGAUUGUCUGGCCUCCGGGCUGAACCCUUUAGAGCCUGGUAUUUUGAUGUCCACUGAGAAAUUUGAACGAGCUGCUGCAGGAGUUCAUGAUGAUGAUGAACUUGGUAGUACUAGAUGGGCUGUUCUUGUUGCUGGUUCAAAGGGUUUUGAAAAUUACAGGCAUCAGGCUGAUGUUUGUCAUGCAUAUCAAUUGUUGAGAAAAGGUGGGUUAAAGGAAGAAAAUAUUAUAGUAUUUAUGUAUGAUGACAUAGCAAAUAAUAGUUUGAACCCAAGGCCAGGGGUCAUUAUCAACCAUCCACAAGGAGAAGAUGUAUAUGCUGGUGUACCUAAGGAUUAUACAGGGGAGCAUGUCAAUGCAAAAAAUCUCUACGCUGCGCUUCUUGGAGACAGAAAUGCUGUGGAGGGUGGAAGUGGCAAGGUGGUUGAUAGCAAGCCCAACGACAGGAUUUUCUUGUACUAUUCUGAUCAUGGCGGUCCUGGAGUUCUUGGGAUGCCAAAUCUGCCAUAUUUAUACGCAGUGGACUUCGUUGAGAUUUUAAAGAAGAAACAUGCAGCUGGGGGAUACAAAGAGAUGGUUAUAUAUAUAGAAGCUUGUGAGAGUGGGAGUAUCUUUGAGGGGAUCAUGCCGAAAGACCUGAACAUUUAUGUUACAACAGCAUCAAAUGCAGAAGAGAAUAGCUGGGGAGCUUAUUGUCCUGAGAUGGAUCCUCCUCCUCCUCCGGAAUUUGACACUUGUUUAGGCGAUUUAUAUAGUGUUGCUUGGAUGGAGGACAGCGAGACACACAAUCGGAAGAACGAAACAGUACAACAACAAUAUAGCUCAGUAAAGGAUAGGACAUCGAAUCACAACACAUACCUUGCUGGAUCCCAUGUUAUGCAGUACGGAAACAGAAGCAUUAGCACGGAGAAGCUCCAUUUAUAUCAAGGUUUUGACCCUGCCAGUUUGAACUUCUCCCCAAACAAUGCUCAUAUGAGUGCACCUAUGGAAGUUGUUAACCAGAGAGAUGCAGAGCUUCUGUUCAUGUGGCAAAUGUACAAAAGAUUAGAAAAUGGGUCAGCAAUGAAGCAACAAAUGCUGCAGAUGAUUAAAGAGACAAUUAAGCAUAGAAGUCAUGUAGAUAGUAGCGUGGAAUUAUUAGGAAAUGUAUUAUUUGGACAUAGAAAAGGUUCUUCCAUCCUUAAAUCUGUUAGAGAAUCCGGCUUGCCGUUGGCAGAUGACUGGAAUUGCUUGAAAUCAAUGGUUCGGGUAUUUGAAACACACUGCGGAUCAUUGACACAGUAUGGGUUGAAACAUAUGCGUGCAUUUGCCAAUAUUUGUAACGCAGGAGUGUCUCGAGCGUCGGUCGAAGAAGCUUGUUAUGCGAUGUGCGACUGGCAUGAUCUAGGGGAAUCAUGGCUUCCUACAACUCAAGGUUAUAGUGCAUGAUGGCAGAACGAACUUUCAUGUAAUUUUCUUGAUAUGUUGUGUUCCUGAUAUAUACAGUAAGCAGCUUGUAGAAGUUUAGUAAUGGGUAAUGAAGCAAUAAAUGUUCAUGUUCCAGUA